AUGUGUCCGACAGAGGAUAAAAGAGUGGAGCAGGAACAAUUUGUUCAAUCUGCCGUGAAGAAACAGCAGAGAAAUAAACGAAAACGAGAGCCUGACAUGUUUGUGGCAGCAGUUUUGGAAUGCACUGUGCGAAGAAUUUGUAGCGAAGUUUGCUCAAGUUACUUCUGUGUUUGUUCUUCCUCCAAAAAGAAGAGGAAAUUGAGCAUAAGCCGAGAGUCCAAUGAAACAGAUACGACAGAUUUAAUUCCUGAUGGCGGAGAUAGCACAUCUGAAAUACAAAAUAACUCCUUGUAUGAACUUCAGGAAAUUAUCACCAUGUCUGAUAAACCGCAGAGCACUGCAAGCGAGGACUCGCAGCUCGAGGAAUUUCUUCAGAGCUUAACAACAGAACUGAGAAAUUUGCCAACGUUUGAAGAUGUGAAUGAACUGUUAAGAGAGAUCGAAGGCGAUUCAUCCCACCUAGAUGUUUUGGGUGACGAGAUCGAAUCACUGCUAAACACAAGUAACGAUCCGUUUUACCCAGGACUUCUUGAAGUAUUGUUCCCAUAA